ACGAAAUGUGAGAAAUGUGGACCCGGCUACCCUAGCCCUCAGGAGGCCAUGAAAGGACCCCGGGAGAAGAUUGUCUACCUUCCCUGUAUUUACCGAAACACGGGCACUGAGGCCCCAGACUAUCUGGCCACAGUGGAUGUUGACCCCCAAUCUCCCCAGUAUUGCCAGGUCAUCCACCGGCUACCAAUGCCCAACAUGAAGGAUGAAUUGCAUCACUCAGGAUGGAACGCCUGCAGCAGCUGCUUCAGAGACAGCACCAAGUCUCGUACCAAGCUAGUGCUGCCCAGCCUUAUCUCCUCACGCAUCUAUGUGGUGGACGUGGCCUUGGAACCACGGGCCCCGAAGCUGCAUAAGAUCAUUGAGGCCAGUGAUAUUCAUUCCAAGUGUGGCCUGGCUAAUCUCCAUACUAGUCACUGUCUGGCUAGUGGGGAGGUGAUGAUCAGCGCUCUAGGAGACCCCAAGGGCAAUGCCAAAGGGGGUUUCGUACUGCUGGAUGGAGAGACAUUUGAGGUGAAGGGGACAUGGGAGAAGCCUGGGGGUGCUGCACCCAUGGGCUAUGACUUCUGGUACCAGCCUCGACACAACGUCAUGAUCAGCACUGAAUGGACGGCUCCCAAUGUCCUACGGGAUGGCUUUAACCCUGAUGAUGUGAAAGCUGGGCUCUACGGAAGCCACUUACACGUGUGGGACUGGCAUCGCCAUGAGAUCGUGCAGACUCUGCCACUGCAGGAUGGCCUCAUCCCCUUGGAGAUCCGCUUCCUGCACAACCCAGACGCCACCCAGGGCUUCGUGGGCUGUGCCCUCAGCUCCAACAUCCAACGCUUCUACAAGAAUGAGGGAGGUACUUGGUCAGUAGAGAAGGUGAUCCAAGUGCCCCCCAAGAAAGUAAAGGGUUGGAUGCUGCCUGAAAUGCCAGGCCUGAUUACUGACAUCCUGCUGUCCCUGGAUGACCGCUUUCUGUACUUCAGCAACUGGCUUCAUGGGGACCUGCGGCAGUAUGACAUCUCUAAUCCAAAGAAGCCUCGCCUCACAGGACAGGUGUUCCUGGGGGGCAGUAUUGUUAAGGGAGGCCCUGUGCAAGUACUGGAGGACCAGGAGCUGAAAUGCCAGCCAGAGCCCCUGGUGGUCAAGGGGAAGCGUGUGGCUGGAGGCCCCCAGAUGAUUCAGCUUAGCCUAGAUGGGAAGCGUAUCUACGUCACCACAUCGCUGUACAGUGCCUGGGACAAGCAGUUUUACCCUGAUCUCAUCAGGGAAGGCUCUGUGAUGCUGCAAAUUGAUGUAAACACAGUACAAGGUGGCCUGAAAUUGAAUCCCAACUUCCUGGUGGACUUUGGAAAGGAGCCUCUUGGUGCAGCCCUGGCCCAUGAAGUCCGUUACCCCGGAGGAGACUGCAGCUCUGAAAUCUGGAUCUGA